AUGUUGCUGAUGGCCAUGCAGUGCCUACCUGGAGUCCGAGCUUUUCGUUGCCUUUCAGGUGUCAAUUGUCUGUGCGAUAAUGUGGACGUCGACAUCCCUUCCUUUUCUCUCGUGACUCAGUUUCCACCAACUGGUGUACGGCUGCAAGCUACUAGAACUCCAGGGGUAUAUCACACUGAAUUAGAGAAAGACGUUCGCGAUAGCAUUCAACCAUUUCCAACGGGCAUCUCCUACGUCGUAUUUGAAGAUCAUAUCGGCUUACCUCACCCAGAAUAUCCGCACCUAGAUAUUGUCCCUUCUAAGGUUCUUUAUUCCAACUCCGCUUGUUAUUACAAAGGCAACUGGUGCCCUGGCCUUCCACACGCGGAAGAAAAUCGAAUCUCUAGUUGGCUCCUUGACCAAAGCACUGGUGCGCCACCUAAAUUCGCUACAGUGACCUCAUCAAAAGUUCGAUCCGGAUCACCUUAUCACAUUCCACUAUAUCUGGCAGCACCCAGUGCAACGUCAAGAAGCCCUCCGAGAGAAACUGCUACUGUCCACCCUUCUGGAACGGCGGGGCAUUCUCAAACUUUAGAAAUAUCAACUAAUAUCCCCCAUCCCACUCCCAGCAGUAUGUCUCACCAAGAUAUAUUCGAACCAAUCGACAAAGGUCCAAUCCCAUCCAAUAUCAAUUCAAGAUCUGACCAUCCUGUACGAAAGGAUCAUAUUUCGGAUACUCCUGGCCCAAUAUCUACAAACAAGUUUUACGCAAACUUCUUUCUUGGCACCCAGACCGGCUAUGCGUUCGUCCAUCCAUACGCAGUGGGAUGGGCCAAAGGGACAGGGAAUGCAAGAAGCUAUGGUGUCCUCAUAUCUCAUAUAGAAUCCCAUCAACUGGCGUUUGGCCCAAAGAGCCAGGUAAUUCCUGGCAAUCCAGUUCAGUUCUAUAUCAAUCCCAUUGGGAUUCAGUCAAUGAUUUUGUCUGCAUCCGAACUUGGUACUUCCACGGUCUUGACUGUUUCAAAAGCCAAGGCAUUUUCCGCGAAUAUUAUACUCCGUCCCCAUCGCGGUUCAAAUUCUACCAUUAUAUUCCCUUUAGUUCAAGGCAUGGGGUAUGUAACCGGUAUAUACACGGGUCUGCAGCCGGCGAUACAGUCCAGUGUGUUUUUCCGAAAGCUCGAAUCUGUAGCCUCUCCCAAGCCAGGCAUAUACAAAUACAAAGUCACCCUGGAAGACAACACCCAUUGGUUGAUUUACGUGACACCCUCAGGAAACGGAGGUAAUCCAAACCUCGUGCUGGUAUCAAAUACCCUCAUCAGUGGUCCGACUGGGUAUAGUGGCAUUAUCCAGGUUGCUAAAAACCCUAGUGGCUUAGCAGGGGAGGCAAUUUACGAUCGGACGACUGGUGUUUAUCCCACAGAGGCCCAUGUAUCAGGGUCUGUCGUGGCUCAUCAAGCGAUGGGGACUUAUAAAUUGUCUUGGCAGAAGGCCGGGAAGAAUGUUAACAGCACCCCGCUGCUAAUGUUCGCAUUGCCUCACCAUGUUCAGUCCUUCGACACUCACACCAACCACAUGAAAACAGACAUGCUUCUUCGAACAACAACAAAAGGGAAUGCAACUGCCUGUGUUGGAAAUUCAUGGACCAUGGUGGAAGAGAAUCUUCCUGUUAACAUCGGAUUUGGCCCUUUUGAUCCAAACACCGGAAGAGAAGCUACUCUCUCCAAUGCCACGAGGCAAAGGAUUAGAGAAGUGGCGCCAAGCGAGCUCUCCCAAGAUAUCAGUCGGCAAACAAAUCUCAAUAGCAUGUACUUUAGCGGGAAAGCACUCAAUAAGUUUGCGAUGUUGGUGUACACCGUUUAUGAGUUAGCUAAGGAUGCCAGCUUGUCGGAAUCUGCUUUCAGCUCACUGAAGAGUGCUUUCGCAAGCUUUAACAACUACGUCUGGAUGAAAUCUGACAACGUUAACCAGCCCGAUGCUGACACUCCACAGCUGUUUGAAAAUAAGGCCGACCAUACGACCUAUUUUGGUACCAACCUCGAAUACAUUCAAGGUAUUCACAUGCUUCCUCUGAUCCCUUCCUCUACCUAUAUCCGUGAAAAGGAAUUUGUGAGUGAGGAAUGGUAUGCGAUGUUCGCGGAGAACGCCUCUACGCCUGCGAGUGGGGUUCAAGGAGGCUGGCAAGGGAUAUUGUAUGCUAAUUUGGCCAUUAUCGAUCCGAACGCGUCCUGGACUUUCUUCAACAAAGAACCCUUUGAUCUGUCGAAGAUCGAUGGGGGAGCUACGCGGACGUGGUAUCUGGCCUUCGCUGCAGGUAGGUUUUGA